CAGAAUUUUAGCGAGGAAAUAUUCUACCGGAAGUUUGUAAAUGUUCAGCAAACGUAAUCCGGUAGAAAUGUAGGUCAAAAGUAGACAGACACUUAGGAACCACUUCAAAGUCAAACAUCUCAGAGUCCAAAGGUUCUUACACGGUGUAUUAUAGAUCAACUCACAUACACCUAUCAAGAGCACAAUGUCAGUUCAAGUUCCAAGAGAGGCUGGUGAAUUUCUAGUGGACACAUUUCCAAAAGAUUUUGUCUGGGGAUGUGCCACCGCUUCAUACCAAAUAGAGGGUGCUUGGGAUAAAGACGGGAAAGGAGUUAAUAUCUGGGACACAUUUUGUCACGAAGGAGGACAUGUAGAAAACAAUGACACUGGAGAUGUUGCAUGUGAUAGCUACCAUAAAUACCCAGAGGAUGUCAAGCUCCUAAAAGACCUUGGUGUAUCUCACUACAGGUUCUCUAUAUCUUGGUCUCGUAUCUUGCCUAAUGGUACAAAGUCAUCAGUGAACCAGAAAGGAAUUGACUACUACAAUAGGCUGAUUGAUGCAUUGUUGGAGGCCAAUAUACAACCAUUUGUCACUCUAUACCAUUGGGAUCUUCCACAGCCAUUGCAAGACUUGGGUGGGUGGCCAAAUGAGGCCCUAGUGGAACACUUUGUGGACUAUGCCCGGGUCUGCUUUGAGAGCUUUGGAGAUAGAGUGAAGAUGUGGCUGACGUUUAACGAGCCAUAUGUUUUCUGUGGCCUAGGCUACGAGUAUGGUUUCCAUGCUCCAGGGAUCAAAGACACGGGACGAAGUGCCUACCAAGCUUCUAGAACUGUCAUCAAAUCACAUGCAAAAACUUGGCAUCUUUAUGAUGAUGAGUUUAGAGCAAAACAAAACGGUAAAAUAGGCAUAACACUGGACUCUGACUGUUUUGUUCCCAAAGACCCCAACAGUGAAGCAGACAAAGAGGCCUAUAACACUUCAUUUGAGUUCAAGCUUGGUUGGUUUGCCAAUGCAAUAUUUGGUGAGGGGAACUUCCCUAAGCUUGUACUAGACAAAGUAGCUGCCAAGAGUAAAGAACAAGGCCUCUCUGAGUCCAGAUUGAAACCAUUCACAGAGGAGGAAGUGAAAUAUAUAAAAGGUACAUUUGACUACCUGGGGUUGAACCAUUACACAACCAGGCUGUCUACCCCUGGCUACAAGGGGGGUGAGGCUGAUGUGUGUUAUCUUGCUGACAGGGCAGUAGAGGAAGAGACAGACCCUGCAUGGGAAAGAGCUGGAUCAGAAUGGCUCUAUGUGGUACCAUGGGGUCUGCGUCAACUGUUGAAUGACAUCAAGACCCGCUACAACAAUCCACCCGUUUUUGUCACGGAAAAUGGCUGCUCAGAUCGUGAGAAUGCUAUUGAUGAUGUAAAGAGAGUCUUCUAUUAUCAGUCCUAUAUCAACCAAACUCUGAAAGCAACCAAACAAGAUGGCUGUAAUGUGAAAGGGUACUUCGCCUGGUCGCUUGUUGAUAACUUUGAGUGGGCGAUGGGAUAUGCCGAGAGAUUUGGUCUACAUUUUGUCGAUUUUAACGAUCCCGAAAGAAAGAGGACAGCAAAAUCAUCAGCCAAAGCUUAUACUCAGAUUGUGAAGGAAAAUGGAUUCAAAGAAAAACCAGCCAAUAUGUAAAGCUGUAACAGACAUAAAGGCAAUUGAAUUAAUCGCCCAUAAAUAACAUUCCAAAGGCAGUACUCUGAUUGAUGGCUUUUAACCAUUUUAACCAUUUUUUGGACAUUGUAUCAGAUUUUUAUCAUUGUACAUGUAAUAAUUAAAAAAACAUGCAAGAUAUCCAGUAUUUUAGAAUUAAGCUCCUGUAUUAAUAACACGAGGCGAAAAACAAGGUUGCAAAACAAUGUGCCAUUUAGCAAUGCUCACUGAUGAAUCAGUGGUGUAGAUUUAAAAUGGGUAGAUGCAAUAAAAUUAUUUUCAACAAA